AUGUGCACAAAGCGGGUCUGCUGGAUCGCCCAGAGCUCCCGGGAGGCGAGAAGUUCCAGGGUACGUACGGGGGUCCCGAGUCCCCAGCGCUCCAUCCUUCGGGCUGCCUGCGGUCGCCUCGCGCUUUGUCUGGAGCUACGGCGGGUUCGGCCUGCCCCGCGCGAGACCGAGGAGAACGGCGGGCCUCGGGCCUCGUCCCAGUUCCUGGUCCCCGCUCCUGGCUGCUGCUCCCACGUCGCCGCGCCUGCAUUCACUAGGCUUGGGGGAGCAGCGCGGCUUUUCUGUCUCGAGCUUGGCGUCCGCGCGACGCUCAGGAGCAAUUGGCGCGUCUGUGUCUGCGGCGACGUCCGCGCCAGAGAGGUGGAGGAGCUCUCCCCGGCCGCCCAGCAGCGGGGUGGCGAGUCCUCUCCAGGAAGGCUGUACUACAGCGUCACUAUGAACUCUCCUUGUUUCUGCAGCACGGAACGCUCAUCUAUACAUGGAGCCACAGCGUGGCCUCUGGUGGCCGGGGCAGGCUUCAUGGAGGCGAACCCCUGCCUUGUAACAGUAAAGCACUCACACCUUUCAGUCCCCGGCUUUUCCCAAUGGAGAAGCAUGGCUCUCUCAGCAGCACUGUGGCUUGGUGUCAAGGCCUGGGCAGCGGGGACCUUGGUGAACACUGGUGUUGACUUCCACGACCGUUUACAGUUGUGAGGUCUCAUUUUGUUUCAUAGGGCAG